GGUCAAGAUCUUCAGUGGUUUAUUGCCAUUAAAUUGGUGCUCUCGUUGAGAGAAGAGAAACAUACUCGUAGGUUAACUCCCGAGAACGAGAAUGAUGCAAACAAGGAGCAAUGUCCCCACCACCAACCACGCCCCCGGCGAGGAAAACGACCCGAGAAACAGUAACGACACUAAAUGGAUUACCUCGACCCUUGAUACGGUCCAUGCGCUGUUCAGCAUGGGGUGACCGUAGAGCAGCUCCAGGCCCCGGAAGGACCCAACACCAAGCAUGCUGCCACUUCCCAGCACAAGAGGAAGAAGACUCGAAGGAGAGGUCCGGCAAGGUGCCAAUGAUUGAGGAGGUGCUGGAAGAGGGCAUUCUAGAAGGGGAGGAUGACGAGUCCAGCGAGUGCCGAGUGUCCGCCUUCAAGCGGAUGGGGGGCGACGAAACCCACGUGUCGACCUUCGACCGGCUCAAUCUUGGACACGACGGUCGCCAGGCACUUAAUGGUUCAGACUAUUUGUUUCAGCCUCUUAAUGGUUCAGAUGUCUGAAUGGUUAAGAGAUUUGCCUCUGAAUGGUUAAGUAUUAUACAGAGUCUGAAUGGUUAAGACCUCUUAUCUGAAUUGAUCAGACAUUUGCCUCUGAAUAGUUAAGCAAUAUACUAGCUCUUAAUGGUUCAGACCUCUUACUGGUUCAGCACUUAAUGGUU